UCUUUCUUCUCUUUUCUUUGAUCCUUGGCCAUCCAUUUUUUAGGGGUUAUUGGCCCCCGUAGCAGCAGCAGCAGCUCGAAAGAAUGACGGAGAUGGGGAGAUGGAGAGACAUCGACAAGCUCCUCGCUCGACCUGGAAACAUAAUCUCCCCUGGCUUCGAACCCAGCCCUCAGUUGAGGGAGGAGAUUGGGGGAUUGGUUAGGGUUUUGGUGGUUGGGGCCGGUGGCCUCGGCUGCGAACUGCUCAAAGACCUGGCCCUUUCUGGGUUCAAGAACAUCGACGUCAUCGAUAUGGACACCAUCGAGGUCUCCAACCUCAACCGACAGUUUCUCUUCAGGAUUCAUGAUGUUGGGAAAUCAAAGGCUGAAGUAGCUGCGAAGCGAGUAAUGGAAAGAGUUAGUGGGGUGAAUAUAACACCUCAUUUUUGCAGGAUCGAAGACAAAGACAUAGAGUUUUACAGUGAUUUUAAUAUAAUUGUUCUUGGGCUUGAUUCUAUCGAGGCUCGGAGCUACAUAAAUUCCGUUGCUUGUAGUUUCCUAGAGUAUGAUCCUGAUGACAAUCCAGUACCUGAAACUAUCAAACCUAUGGUGGAUGGUGGAACUGAAGGUUUCAAAGGUCAUGCCAGAGUAAUUGUGCCAGGAACAACACCAUGCUUCGAGUGCAACAUUUGGCUUUUCCCCCCGCAAGUGAAGUUCCCAUUAUGCACACUUGCAGAAACACCAAGAACUGCUGCCCAUUGUAUUGAAUAUGCCCAUUUGAUCAAAUGGGAUGAGGUACAUAAUGGAAAGACCUUUGAUCCUGACGAUCCUGAGCAUAUGCAGUGGGUUUACUCGGAAGCUCUUAAAAGAGCUGAGCUCUUUGGUAUUACUGGUGUAACUUAUUCUCUUACCCAGGGUGUUGUGAAGAAUAUUAUACCUGCUAUAGCUUCUACAAACGCUAUUGUGUCUGCUGCCUGUGCUCUGGAAGCCCUAAAGCUUGUCUCUGGCUGUAGUAGAACAUUGUCCAAUUAUCUCACGUAUAAUGGUCUGGAAGGAACUCAUAUUAAAGUAACAGAUUUUAUCAGGGACAAAGAUUGCCUUGUUUGUGGACCUGGAACUCUCAUCGAGUUGGAUUCUUCUGUUACACUAUUACAGUUCAUGGAGCUACUUGGGAAACACCCUCAGCUGCGUCUUUCGAAACCAAGCAUCACACAUCGAGGAAACAAUCUCUAUAUGCAGGCUCCUCCAGUUUUAGAAGAGAUGACGAGAUCUAAUCUCCAGCUACCCCUUUUUGAUCUAAUCGACAAAGUCCCGAAAGAUACCGUGCAUGUCAGUGGAACCACUGAGAAAAAUGACAAGAGAACCACAUGCCUGAGAAAAUUACGUGUUGUCUUCAAAGAUCAGGUUAAUGGGGUCACAAGUAUGGACACCGCAGGUGCAAAUUGAGCGAAACAGAUCCCGACAUUUGAAUGUCAGCGGUACAAAAUAGCAAAUUUGAAUGUCAGCGGCACAAAAUAGCCCUUUCGUUGUGUUGCACAUUAAACAUUGGAAUAUUUGGAACAAUUGUGUGGGAGAGAUUUUGUAAGGCUGUGACAGUGACACACCAAGCGGUGGGGAUGAUUUUGACAUUACAAAGAGGCCAUUCUUAUGCUCUUAACAGCAUGUCUUAAGAAAUUUUACUAUUCAAUA